AUGAGACACACAUCAUAUUUGGCUGUCCUGGCAACGAUCCUGGCACCUGCAUCACUGUCAAGUGCCCUCCCACAUGGCGACGAUGAUAUGCACAUGGGUGAUGGAAUGUCUCACGGUUAUCAGUCCAGCGGUGAUGAUUCGCCAAUGAGCUAUUUUGCCUAUGGGAAACACACAGGCACAAUCGUCGCCCACAUCGCCCUGAUGAUUCUAGGAUGGUGCUUCAUUCUUCCUAUAGGUAUUAUGCUCAGUGUUGCCCGGUCGCGCUUUGCGCUGCCAUCGCAAUUUCUCUUCCUUAUCAUCAACUCGUUCGGAAUGUUGCUUGGAAUCAUCUAUAAUAACCAAACUCCCGAUCUUUACCCAAACAACGCUCAUCAUAAGAUCGGUUGGAUCGCAUCGAGUGUAGCCUGUGCUCAGGUGGUCAUGUUAUUGAUUUUUACCUACGCCGGAAGAGGCAAUGCUGAUGUCGCUGCAUCUGAACGUGCGGCUUUCAUUCCUGUGGCCACGGAGGAAACGGCCCACCAGCCGCAUUCCUACCCGUUUCACAAUUAUUCAAGACAUAGUAUCCAGGGCGCAGAACGUGACUCCUCCAUUCAUAGUGGCCCUUCCUCGUCCACUUGCGUUUGGUCGACAGAUUACGUCGACUUUGAAAAGCCAGAGGAUGACUUGCAUGAUGAGAAGACUGCUGGUUCUUGCAGCUGGCUUCGCAACACGUUCGUUGACCGCUUCUUGGCGAGUCGGGUACCGGGAAUGGUGUCCAGUCGUGUCUUGCGUGUUAUCCACGUGGGGUACAUGGUCAUUGACAGAAUCAUCUUGCCUUUUGGCUUCAUUGCCAUUGCAACGGGUGGUGUGACGUAUGGUGGGAUCAUGAGAGGCAUUGAAAUAUUCAACGGCCUUGCGCAUUUCAUCAAGGGUGGGAUCUUCUUCUGGUACGGUCUGCUGACGCUAGGACGAUGGAUGGGCUGCUGGUCGGACCUGGGGUGGUCAUGGAACGUGAAGCCCCCUGCGAAGAUUGUUGGCAAGGCCAAAGCCAGAGUCCCUUCGGCUGAAUUUGUCGAGUCGCUUGUGAUCUUUCUGUAUGGAGUCACGAAUGUGUUCUUGGAACAUCUGUCUGGCUGGGGUGGUGCAUGGACGGCCCGGGAUUUGGAGCAUGUGUCUAUCUCUAUUUUAUUCUUCGGUGGUGGAUUGUGCGGUAUGCUCUUCGAGUCCAACCGAGUCAGAAACUGGAUAAAUACCACCGUCUUGCAGUAUCCUGCCCGCGGACACGUCAAUCCAGCCUGGAACAUUCCCACGUCUCAAACCGUGUCCCUCAACCCAAUGCCCGCCCUGGUAAUUCUUCUACUAGGCACCAUGAUGGCAUCUCAUCAUCAAGACUCGAUGAUUUCAUCCAUGGUCCAUCAGCAAUGGGGGAAUCUCUUGAGUGGGUUUGCCAUCGCUAGAAUCUUGACCUAUGUCAUUCUUUUCUUGAAGCCCCCGACUUCAUACCUACCGUCUCGUCCACCGACUGAGGUUCUCGCUUCUUUUUGUUUGGUGGGUGGUGGGCUUAUUUUUAUGAUGAGCACCCGGGAUAUUGUCGAAACUAUGAUCUACUACAAGACAGAAGCUAUGUUUGUAAUGACUGUGGGGAUGGGGUUAACGGCAUUUGUAAUGGCUUGGGAGGUCCUUGUUAUUGCCAUUAAAGCGUGGGCCACGAGAAGGGAGAUGGCGAUGGGUCUGUAA